AUGGCAAAUUUUGUUCUGCAGGUUCCAAAUACAUUGAGGAGUUUCACUGCGUUUGCUUCGUCCAACCCCAACGGAGCUCCACCUGGUGGUUCUGGAAGCAGUAGUGGUGGAGGUGGAGGUCCUGUGAUAUUGGAAAUUCCUCUGGAUAAGAUUAGAAGGCCUUUGAUGAGGACCAGAGCAAAUGAUCCCAACAAAGUUAAGGAUUUAAUGGAUAGUAUCAAGGAAAUUGGUCUUCAAGUGCCUAUUGAUGUCCUGGAAGUUGAUGGAGUCUAUUAUGGUUUCUCUGGCUGUCAUCGCUAUGAGGCUCACCAACGCCUUGGACUCCCCACCAUCCGUUGCAAAAUACGCCGUGGCACCAUAUGCGCUAAGCAUGUGAUCAUUUUAUUAUUCAAAGCUGUUACAUUACAGUUAGCAACGACAGGACACAACACAGGAGUGUCCUUUUCUCAAGGCAUUGUGAUUCCAAUGGACAUUGCGAAUGAUAUAUCUUGGAUGUAUUGUGCUACAGUGGCGAGAAAGCACUAUUCUUCUAGUCAAAAUUUGUUCUCCUCCACCGACCUCUGCAUACACCCAGAAAAGGGUAAGAAAGUUUCCAUAAUGUUGAAGGCCUGGAGGUCUGUCCUCUUACAUCAGUUGUAA